AGGCAUCUGGACAAAAGGGAAAAGGCUCUAGCAAUUAAUCCUUUACUUAAUCUCCUGCUGUUUUAGGAUGAGGUGUUAAGUGCCUGAGGCUGCAAAGAGAGGAGCUGGAAUUUUCCCUUGCCCCGCUUAGGAUCUUUCUACUUUCACCCUUUCCUUAGAGAGCUUUCAUAGGAAACUUUUUACAACUUAGUAAUAAACGCUAUUAUCACUUUUCAAAGUGUCCCUUUUUCUUUCUGUGACUACUAGCAGGCUGAAAGUUAGAGCCGUGCAGUUCCUGCUGAAAUAGAACAAAGACCACAUUACUUAAUUCCCCGCUGUUAGGAUACAGGUGUCAAUCACCUAAGCCAGCAGCUUUUUACCCUCAGAAAGAGCAAGCAAGUUUUUAGGACCUCUUAGAAGUUAUCAUCAGCAUUUCAGUACAGUUAGAGAACUAGAACGCCCGGAGACCAUCAGUCUUUAAAGCCACUAUUCUGUGUCCUGUUUCAAUCCACUCCAAGCCAGGAGGCUUCCAGCAGUAGCAAGGAAAGAAGAGCUAGGACUGGGCAUGGCAUUUUACUGGGAAGCAAACGAUGAAUGUGCGUCUCUAAAACUAUACAAACAGCUGCAGGUUGGCUUCCAAGAAACAGCAGCACCUGUGGUUGAAGGCGUCUUGGAGAUGCCAUUUCCCUGCUGCUCAGGGUCAGAAUUAGUGUACUGUCAGGCAGACUUGAGCUGUCUAUAGUCUGUGAACUUGCAGUUUAUGGUAUUGCAUAGUUUUGUUUUCCUUGACAUUUUGCUAAUGUGGUUUUGUGAACAAACACUGCCUAUAAUUUAAAUCGGCCACAGUCACACCACACCACACACACACACACACACACACACACACACACACACACACACCUUCUGAGCACCCCACAGUCCUCUAAUCCUCUGAUUAAUCAUGUGUAAAGCAUCGCGCUCACAGGAAGCCAGCAGGUGGCAAUUAGCGUCUUGGAAAUUUGUUGAGAAACACAAUUGGAGCUGCCACUUCGGGUGGGGCUAUUCGGAGAACCAGUAAAGUGACAAGCCCCUGUGGAGAUGGGAAUGAAUGGGGUGGGGGGAGGUGGUGGCUUGGUGUGGAUUGCAGAUGACUUGUGGGUCUCCUUUUCCUCCACUCAAGAAACAAUCUGUGGUGGAAACAUGAGAUUGCUGCCUGUCGUUAGAGCAAACUUUACAGAAUACUUGGACCUGCGCCCGGACACAGGAAGCAGUGGGAGCAGCGCACCAGUCCUUAAACUUCAGAAUGAUUUCCAGACCAGUUGCAAAACAGCUGCUACCUUGAGCAUCCUGAGGGUCACACUCUAUCGGCCCUAGCUGGCAACCCCUUCCUUUUCGGGACCCAGCGACUCAAAUGUCACGGUCUCGGCUUUGCUUUCCUGUUAAUUCCAGAGUCCAUGUUGACUGAUCAACGCUCUUGCUGUCUGAUUAUUCCAUAUGUUAAUUGGUAAGUAUGUGCAGUAGCAUCUUCAGUGGUCUCUCCAGAAAGCAGGGACGUGAAGAUAGGCCCUACCCAAGCAGGAAGAAGUUCUUUGUACAGUUCAUUUUUUAAAAAAAGAUUUAUUUAUUUAUUUAUUAUAUGUAAGUACACUGUAGCUGUCUUCAGACACUCCAGAAGAGGGCGUCAGAUCUCAUUACGGGUAGUUGUGAGCCACCAUGUGGUUGCUGGGAUUUGAACUCAGGACCUUCAGAAGAACAGUCAGUGCUCUUAACUGCUGAGCCAUCUCUCCAGCCCUGCAUAGUUCAUUUUAUACUUGACAUGUUCAUCAUCAGUAAUUGAAAAAUGUAUCAACACAUAGUAGGUAUGAAUGUUUACAAUUACAUCAAUGCCUGUAUCUAAGGCUAUAUUGGUAUAUCUGGAAUGCACAUGUCAAACGUUUGUGUGUUUGAGACUUAACCCCUGAAUCUGUAUGUUAAUGUGUUUGGAGGAGGGGCCUUUGUAGGUUAUUAGUAUUUCCUGGACUCAUGAGAUUGGGCCCUCUUGUGGUCUUCAGGGGUUUUAUACAAAAGAAAGACUAGAGCUGGCUCAGUCUCUGUGGCAGUUUGGAUGCGAUGUCCCCAGUAGUCUCAGGUAUUGGAACUCUUGGUUCACAGUGAUUCUGUUGUGGAGGUAUAGAGGUCAGGCCUUGCUGGAGAAAAUGGGUCCCUGGAGUCAGGCUCUGAGAGUUUAAAGACUUGUGCUGAUGUCUGCUUAGAGAAACAUAGAGAAAGCUAAGGCAGUGUCCAAGUCUCCAGAACCGCAAGCUGAGGAAACGUCUGUGCUUGAGAAACUACCAGACGUUUGUUAGGGCAACUGAAGGGCCACAUGUGAAUUUAUAUACAAAUCUAUUUCUUGCCCUUUGUUGUGCAUGAUGUGACAGCAUGGACCUAAAUUCCAGACCCCUGAUCUGCCAUUUGCUAACAAUGUGACCUCCUAAGGAGAAUGACUGAUUCUCAGCCAUGGCUGCAUAUCACACACACGUGGGAUAUUUUAUAAAUACCUUCAGCUGGAAAAGACCCUCAGAGGUUCUGAUCCCUGAGAUCUGAGGGGAGGCUCGAUUAUCAGAUUAGAUGAUUUUAACUUGCCCCUGAAGCUCACCAGCUUAUUUUCUAAGCUCCAGCUCCCAGGUUUUGGUUUUGUUUCCCCCCAUCUCACAGGACACGGUGAAGCAAUGCAUGUGGUGCUUUUCACAGAGGGUGAGCAUGACCUUCUACACAUAGUUUGGCUUUCUCCUAAUUUCCGAGGUAACAAGUAAAUUCAUCUUAGUGGCCAACAAGUCAAGCGGCACAGAAACCAAGGAAAAAGGAAUGAUGAGCAGGCACAGCUCUUGGGUAGAGGUAAACGCUGCUAGGCUUCUAUGUGAGUCCCUCUAGAAACGUACCUUUGCCUUCUCUCACAGCUUUGCUUAUGUAUCUAAGAAUAGACCAGGAUAACUUACAUUGUUCUAUGAUUCCCCUCACCCCCUGUCAGUCUGCCUUGUGGUCUCAGUAACUGUGUUUCAUGAACAGCAUGGAGACUUCAGCACUAACCCCCCUGAUGACUGUCUGGCAUUUCAAGUUUUCAGUCUCCCAAGAAAGUCUGCAAUGAUGCUUUUGUGUGUCCAUCCCUAUAAACGUGGCUUGCAUAGUACUGGAAAGUGCUGUGUAUGCUGCUGAGGAAGAAGAGUCGGCUGUGAGCCUGAGCUGCACUAAUGACUGGAGUGGCAGGACAGACCCAGAGGUGCAAUAGUGGCAUGGAUAUUCUGGGGGAUAACCAACUGCUUCUGAGUUGCUUGAAGGUCUGCUAUGAUGAUUAGUGCAAUCAUAUUCCGGCCAAGAACUUAUGGUUGGGGAGCUCAUAGGCUCAGGGGAUGAACCUACUAUUAUUUUCAUAAAUGAACAUAGUAUCAAAAUGCCCUCUAAAUUUAUAUCCCAGAGAUGACUGCAGCUCUCAGAUGUCAUAAAAAAAAAAGCUUCCUCAUGGAGUGGGUGUUCAUUAUAAAUUGCAACUCAUAGCUGGCCGAGGUGCAGAGAGUAAGUGGAGUGCUUAGCCACACAUGGGGCAAGUGCAUCUCACCCAAUCCCCCAAAGGCUCAGGAACCACUGAGGAAGAAGGGGUGGGUCUAAUUGGUCAGCACUAAACGUGUGCUCACAAGCGGCACUAAAUAUACCAGUACAGCUAUAGUUAUACACACAUGGGCAUAUAACAAUAAUAAUUAGGGAAGAAGAGGUCACAAAUUUGAAAGGGAGUAGGGGACAGGGAAAAUUUGGACGGGGAGGAGGAGGGGUGAAAAUGAUAUACACAUAGUACUCUCAUAUAAAAUUAUGAAAACAUUUAAAAAGUGAGACUUGGUGCUCUUUGUAUGUUUUAUGACUCCUUUGUAGUUGUUUUCUUGGUGUGUGUUGGGAUAGAGGCAGAGGUUCUUCCCCACCCCUUCUUUCAGACUUGCAGUAGCUCACGCUGGCCUCAGAGUCAUGAACUUCAUACCUCAGCUUUUUGAGUACUGGUUGUGGCAUGUGCAACCAUGCUUAGUGAGGUAGAGUCUUUUAGAUUUUUCUAUAGUCCAUUGAAUGGUUUCAGCACCAUUUGUUAAAAUGUCUUCUCUUUCUGCACUGCACUGACUUGACACCUUCGUUGAAAACAGAUGAAUUGAAAAGCAUUGUAUGCUUUUGAUUGACUCCUAUCCCCAUUCUGUUCUUUUGAUCUAUUUGCCCAUCCUUGGAGUCUGUCAUUCAGCUGGAGAUUAUCAAUAUCCUCUGUUGAUUCUUUCUAUAUAUCCUAAUUUUCUUAAACAGGAGCAAUCUUUUUCAGUAGCAGCAAGGGAGGAAGAAAGCAAACAAGGCAGCGAGCUGUCUGACAGCUGGGAAGAUGAUUCUCAAGGCGUCAGGAGAAUCUGCUCUGCUUUCUGUGUGCUGCCAUCCCCUUGCCAUGAUCAGUGGCCACAGUUAAAUAAGGCAACAGACAUUUAAUCAACAUUUUCACCCAAGUCAUGUCAAUGUCAGUGAAAGGUAAAAUAGGACCAUGGAGGUCAAGAAUUUCCCAAGCUUCUCCUUCAACCCAGUGAUUGAGUUUAUUUCCAAACCUGUUGCUUAUUCUCACUGCCCACUGAUAGAGCCUCCAUUACUCCAGCCGUGCCAGAGAAGAGCUCUUGAGAUCACAUAUUGCCAGGAUAAAGCUGUUGAGAUCACACACUGCCAGGGAAGAGAUGGUAAGAUCAUACACUGCCAGUAUAAAGCUGGUGGUGAGGUCACACAUUGCCAGGGAAGAGCUGGUGAGACCACACACUGCCAGGGAAGAGCUGGUGAGAUCACACACUGCCAGGGAAGAGCUGGUGAGACCACACACUGCCAGGGAAGAGCUGGUGAGAUCACACACUGCCAGGGUAGAGAUGGUGAGACCAUAUACUUCCAAGUAAGAGCUGGUGAGGUCACACACUGCCAGAGAAGAGCUGGUGAGAUCACACACUCCCAGGGAAGAGCUGGUGAGAUCACACACUGCCAGGGAAGAGCUGGUGAGAUCACACACUGCCAGGGAAGAGCUGGUGAGACCACACACUGCCAGGGAAGAGCUGGUGAGAUCACACACUGCCAGGGUAGAGCUGGUGAGACCAUACACUGCCAGGGAAGAGCUGGUGAGAUCACACACUGCCAGGGAAGAGCUGGUGAGACCACACACUGCCAGGGUAGAGCUGGUGAGAUCACACACUGCCAGGGUAGAGCUGGUGAGAUCACACACUGCCAGGGUAGAGCUGGUGAGAUCACACACUGCCAGGGAAGAGCUGGUGAGAUCACACACUCCCAGGGAAGAGCUGGUGAGAUCACACACUGCCAGGGAAGAGCUGGUGAGACCACACACUGCCAGGGUAGAGCUGGUGAGAUCACACACUGCCAGGGUAGAGAUGGUGAGAUCACACACUGCCAGGGUAGAGCUGGUGAGAUCACACACUGCCAGGGAAGAGCUGGUGAGAUCACACACUCCCAGAGAAGAGCUGGUGAGAUCACACACUCCCAGGGAAGAGCUGGUGAGAUCACACACUGCCAGGGAAGAGCUGGUGAGACCACACACUGCCAGGGAAGAGCUGGUGAGAUCACACACUCCCAGGGAAGAGCUGGUGAGAUCACACACUGCCAGGGAAGAGCUGGUGAGAUCACACACUGCUAUUUCUGUUCUGCACCCUCCCUUUACAAGACCUUCUGUGUUACUCGGUUAGGGCUACCAUAAGGGAUGGCUGGCUUACACAACAGGAGGCCAAGAUCUAGGUGUUGGAGGUUAGAAGCUCAAGGCCAGCUGAGGCCACUCUUACUGGAUUGCAGGUGACCUAAUUAUAGUUUAGGACUUUAGUAUUUCUCAAAGGCUCAUAGAUUGAAAUGUUAAUCGACAACCUGUAGUGGCCUUGGGAGAGGGUAAAACCUCAGGGAAGUGUGGCCUAGUGGGCAGAAGUUAGGUCAUUGGUUGUGUGCCCUUGAAGGAGAUAUUGACAUUCUGCUCUUUUCCUCUCUGUUUUCUUACCACAUGGAGAUGAGAAGCUUUGAUGCACAAAGAUUCCUCUUCAUGAUCUCUGUCUCACUCACUACAGCUAUACAACAAAGAUCCCAAGUGACCACGAGACUGUCAGCAAACAACCUUUUCUUCCUUUAAGGUGAAUGUCUCAGGCAUUUCAUCACAGUGAUAGAAAGCACACUAACAUGUCUUCUUUCUGUAAAUGCCUCUGCCCAAAUUUCAUAUUCUCAGGAGACCAACUGUACUGGGUGGGCAUCAACCAUAAUGAUCCUAUUUUAAUUUACCUCUUCAAAGAACUUAUCUGCAAACAGAGGCGCAUUCUGAUGCUCAGACCCUUAGCUUGAGAAUUUUAAGGGUACAGUUAAGCCUGCACUAUCCUCUAAUGGACUGGUCACAGCUGGACUCCCUUUGGUAACCAGCCUGAUGUUUUCUAUGGUUUUGGCUCAGUGCACUCUGGAAUCCUAGAAUACUCAGGCCUCAUUUUUAAUUUUCUUCUUCCCAUGUCUUUUUCUUCCAAAGUCCUCCCUAAAUUCACAACUUAAUUUUAUUGCUGUUACCAUGAACAUACACAAUAUGUCUAAACCCUUUAUCAAAUCCUAUGUAAAUCUGUUUCUUAAUCUGUUUCUUGUCCUCAGUAUAUUAGGCUGACUUCCCAGUCAGUUUGACUCUUUUUUUUUUUUUUUUUUUUUUUGGCUAUUAUAGCAUCUGUUUUCUGACUCUCCACACUUCCUUGUUUCGGCCGCCCUUUCCUCAUCCUCUUGCAUAUCGUUGCGUUGAUUGCAUUUCUUUGGCUCAUUUUUUUCUAUAUUGGGUUUUGGAAGUUAUAGAUCCUAUUCUAUUCUUCAGUGGUUGCUCUAAUAUUUUAACACAUUAAAAAAUCAUUACUAAAUUAGAACACAAAUAUGAAAAAGCUAAGCCAUAUAGAAAGGCAGGGCCUCCUCUUCCUGCUUCAUUCCCCAGAACAACCACGUUUUACCCAUUCCUCUUUCAGAUGGUUCUGGCAGUUAGAGCCACAACUUACAUAAACAAUAGUUCUAAACCUUUGCCUAGUAAUUUCUCAUACAUACCUCAUUUUUACAGAUGUUCGAUUUUGAAGUUACAGAAUGGUCUCACUUGAAAUCCUGACUUACUUAGUUAAGGUUUCACUGCUGUGAACAGACAACAUGACCACGGCAACUCUUAGGACAGCAUUUAAGAGCUGGCUUACAGGUUCAGAGGUUCAGUCCAUUAUCAUUAAGGUGAGAGCAUGACAGCUUUCAGGCAGGCCUGGUGCAGGAGGAGCUGAGAGUUCUACAUAUUCAUCUGAAGGCCACUAUAAGAAGACUGGUUCCCAUGUGGUUAGGAGGAGGGUCUCAUUGUCCACCCCAACCGUGACAUACUUCCUCCAAUAAGUCCACACCUGUCCCAACAAGGCCACGCUUCCAAAUAGUUCCACUUCCUGGGUCAAACAUAUUCAAACCACCACAGUCCCUCCCUAGACUUAGCCAGCCCAACAUUUGUAAUUCUUUGUCACAUUAACUAGAACUUUAAAUACACAUUUUUUGUUCUGUGAUCUGAAGGAAAAAUUUCUUGGUAGGAUAUUUUCAGAUGUGGAAAUUUGGAAAUUAGUAUUUCUAGACUUUUCCCUGCAUGUUCCUGUUUCAUCUUGGCUCCUGACUUAUACACACUGCAAGGUUUAUAACAUUUACAUUUAAAAAAUAGGUUUAAAAUAGAAAUUGGAUAAUGACAGACACUGUAUAAAGUAAUAUGUUAAUAUAAAUGUCUUUCAUUGCAUACUUAAAUAAUAUGAUCAUGUCUGUAGAAAAUUAAAUUUGAUCUAUGUUGAUUGAUAACCCUCAUGACUGUUGGUAAAUGUUUCAGGGAAUCAACGUGAAGAGAAUUUACCCCCCAGAAUCCAUUAGUUGUCCAAAACCAUCCAUUCUGUGGCUGGUUAUGAGUCUGUUUUUAUUUUUUUGUAGAGUUUUUUUUUCCUGUUUGGUUAUUGAAUUUCAUAUUACCUUUCUUUUCUUCUUAGCCCUGGAAGCAUCUCUCUGUGAUUUAAUUUGCUUAAGGUUAGCCUUAUGUCUGUCUUCUUUACCUUUUAAUGAACAUGCAUUGAUUGUACACACUAGUGGGAUGUGGAGUAACAUUUUCACAUGCACAACAUACUCUGGUAAUUACCACCUCUCUCUACUGUAAGAAGACAUAGCCUAGGUUUUUAUGGUCACCUACUGUGUUGUUGGACACCAGGACUCAUCCUUUCCAACAGUGUUUAGCCCACCCUCCCCUUUGACUUCCUCCCCCUUUGACUUUCAGCACUAGUCUACAUCCAGGUUGAUAUUUUCCCACAUGUGAUAGAAGACACCUGGCAUUUGGAUUGCUGUGUCUGGCUUAUUUCAUGUGACAUCGUGUCCUGCAGUUCUAUCCAUUUACUACAGAUCUCAUGAUUCCAUCCUUCAUUGUGGGGGAAGAGUAUGUCAUUUAUAGUAUGCAUUUUCCUCAUCAAGUUAUCCAGAUGAAUCCAUAGCUUAAGUAUUAUAAACAGUGCCACAAUAAACAUGGAAGUGCCAUGAUUUCUAAGUAAUCUUUGUUGAAUGGGGGAUAUUUUUGUAUUUAAAGAUACUUGGCCCAAACCCUUAAAUUUUGCAUUUGUAGCGUUGGUGGGUGCAAGCCAGUCCUAGUGCAUGCCAAUCAAGUGCUCUCUUGCUUAAUUGACAGCCGUGACCCUCCAGUGACUCUUAAAGAAAAGUAGUUAUACUUAAGAUAUUUUUCUGUGUUUCUUAUUUUCUUUUGAUCUUGGUAUACCUGGUUAUCUACAUGUUAAUAGCUGGACGUAAUCUAAGUGCCCUCUGGGUGCACUGCACAGGUGCCCCUGGCUUGUCUUGUCUCAAAUCCUCAGUGACCUCCACCAUCUCAGACCUUAUGUUCCCUCUUCUUUUUGUCAUUAAAAAUGAUAGAUGGAGACAUCUGUUUCUGAGUCCUUGUAAGUCUGGAAAGAAAUCAAGAUAUAUUUUAUAGCAGUUUGGCAUUUAUAGACUUGGUUUAUCUUGGGUGACUCCUCCCUGCAUUGUUUCUUUCAUUGCUUUCCCCCUCUGUGACCCCUGUUCCCUCUUCUGGGUCUCCUAAUGGGCGUAUGGAUAACCCUUAUACUGACCUUUGUUCCUCUGAACAUUGUCUCAUGUGCUUGGCUUCUAGUUUUCUGCAUUGCUGAGACUUGAACACAGGGCUUUGUGGAUGCUGGGCGCUGUGGGAACAAUUCCCAAAGAGACAGCACCACCUCUGACAGGGCAUGCCUGGAAGUACAAGGCCACCGGAGGCUAACCUGAGGAAUCAAUAAGUUCAUUGGUCCCAAUUACAGAGCAGGCAUGAGGGGUUACCUACAGGAGUGUGGGUGACCCCAAAGCAGCCACAGCACUAAAAGUUCUCACCCCAGAAUGGAUAAUGACCUUCAUGUAGCUGCAUAGAAUGCCCCUUCAGCUAACCUUCCCUCUCUCUAUACUCCAGCACCCCUCAAGACCACAAGGCCAUGCAGAUUAGGGCAAGGAGGAACAUCUCAGGUGAUAGUCCAAUGCCUCCCUCUCUCCUCCUUCUGUAGAGGAACAUCAACUGUCAAUAACUUGAGCAGUCACAGAUGCUCUGAUGGAGAUGAUGGCUGUGUACUUGGAGGCCAGCACUCUGUAAUACUGGGCAAGUCUUUCAUGGAGCUAACUAGACUAGCACUCUACAGCGCUGGACAAGCAGUUCAUUAGACAGACCAUGGUUUUGUCCUCACCUCCGCCCCCUUUUUGACUCAUUUUGGAAAUCUCUCACCUUAAUCUUUUAGAUCAUAAAUUCAGACUUCAGCUCCAUGUGGUGUGUUGAGGUGCUAUGACAUCACAGUGACUGUGUCUAUAAGGUUUCUUAGGUAUUUAUUUUCCAUAACAAUGCUUUUGUGUAUGGAUCUUAUGAAGAUCUAAAAACACAACUUACAUGUUUAUGACAUUUUCUUCUGUUUCUGUACUAACUAUAACUCUCUGUCACGAGUUCAGUACUCUUCUUUCAUACUUUUCUUCAUAGGAUGACACGAGAGCUACACACCCAGGUCUCACACAACUUUCCUUCAGGUCUAUAUCAACACUGUUUCUCCAUCUUCUGGUGUGUAGUGCUGUUAAGAUGUUGCACGAGGUGCUGGAACAAUGGUUAAGAGCAGUGGCAGCUCUUACAAAGGAUCCAGGUUUGGUUCUCAGCACUCACAUGAGGCAGCUUACAACUAUCAUGUAUCCUGUUCCUGGAGAGAUGACGCCGUCUGUUGGUCUCUGUGGGCACUGCAUGCAAGUGAUGUACAUACAGGCAAGCAUAAAAAUGUAUUAAUAGUUCUGUGUCCCCCCCCCCCCCCCCCCGUGGAUGACUGAAUUUUCAAUUGUAUUUCAUAGAUUUUUUUUAUUUCUUAUUUUUUGGUCUGUGUGCAGGUGUUUUCAAGUAUAUCAUCACCACUAUCUUUGUUUUUCUACAUUGCUUCUGGGGAUCAAACUCAGGUUUUUGUGUUUACAAGGCAAUCACUUUACCAAUAGACUUAAUUCCCCAGCCCUAGGUUUUCCUUUUGUAUAUAUAUAUUUUUAUAAGCAUCACCAAAUCUUUGGGAAAUGACAGUAUUAAAGUGUAGAUUACAGACUAUACCAAAAUCAUAAGAAAAUAGGAAAUAGAGAAAAAGAGUUUAAGCAUAACUUUUCUUUUAAGAGGCACUGGAGGGCCGUUGCUCCCUCAACUAACUAAGAGAGCACUUGAUCGGCAUGCACUAGAGCUUGCCUGCACCCCCCAAUGCUGCUUAUACAAAUAAUCCCGGGAAAGCCUUCACAAGGUAUCUCAUAGGCUUGUGUAAGAAGACCCAUUGAGGACCCUAAUGUGAGGGUGCUUCCAGGGUUGGUAGAGGGAGGGGGUGCUCUGAGUGUGGGUGGGACAUUCCGUGACUGAUGGAAGAGCCUGAAUGGAGUAAACAGAGAGCUAAUAGAGAGCUGGCCCUUUCUUCCCUGGUCUCUGACCUGCCGUGAUGUAAACGCGAGGACAAGACAUCGUGUCAGAGUGUCAGGCUUCGACAGACAGACAGACAGACCAUGAAACUGUGAGCCAUGACAAACCUUCCCCUACUCAGGUUAUUUCUACUGGGCACUUUGCUACAGCAAUGUGAAAAGCCACUAAGCAUUCCCAUAGCAAUGAGCAUGCCCUGUACUUCUCAGGUUCUGCCAUCCCCAGCAGAAGGAGCAAGGCUUUCUGGGAGAGAUGGAUGACUCCAAGGUGAGGAUGGGGAAAGGCCACAAGAGUGUGAAGUGUCUUGUUCUUGGGAGAAAGAAAGUUCCCCAAUGAUGGGGACAUAUAUCAGCAUGAUUCAGGAGAUAUCUUAACCCCCCCCCCCCAGCCAAAUCUGCAAAAAUAUAGCACUAAAAAAACUGAUAAUACUGCUUUAUAAUCUAGAGAUAAAAGUAACCCACAAAUUCAUAUAAAUUUAAGUAAAUGUAUGGAUAAAAUAAACAAAUGGGAGAAAGGAAACAUUUUGUUAAUAGUAGAAUCUCAAUUAGUAAAUCCAGAAGCCACCAAGGACUUAGAAAAUCAACACUUGGCAGUCACCAUAGCAACAAUUGUUUCAGGCAAGAAUCGUAAGUGAAUGUUAAAGUCAGUAAGUAAAUAUAUAAUAAACAGAGCAUUUACGUGAUCUCAGAGCUUCUCCCAGGAGGAGCCACAGAGGCUUUGCAGUGGGAAGCUGGCUGGCAUCACGUUAGCCCGCAACUGCGUCUUUGCCUUUUUGUGCUCUGAGUUGUGCCAGCGCAGAGAUUGAUGUUUUGCUCUGCCUGUGAGACAGUGAUUGGGACAGCAGUCCUUCGUCCUGACUGACGCCGGGCACAGAUUAGGGGCUUAGCAUAUGCUUUUGGGCUGGACUCAUGUUCAUAAUCUUAACUUCUUCAUUUGUUAUAUUGUUUGUAUACUUUGUUUUCUUAUGUUUAUCAACCUGAUCUUUAAAGGCUGAGUCAAUGAAACAAUGGUUUCCCGUCCUUCUUGCAUGCUGCCUAAGGUCUCCUGUUACUUUGUUUAUCAGAAGUUCCAGGGCUGUUUGGAAUGUACAUGUUGGUGCUUCGUGGAGGUCACACCCUUGUCAUCAUGAUUACAGUGCCUCUUUGUUUAUUAUAUUUGCUUCUUCCUUCCUCCCCACUCUCCCAGAGCUGGGAAUUGAACCUAGAGCCUCUUUCGUGCCAGAUAAGCACUUUACCACUAAGCUAUAACCCAAGCAUUCUCUUCUUUUGGUUAGCUUCAUCUUACAAGAGCAAUGAGGCUUGUGCUGUAUUUUCAGUAUAUACACAAUAUGCACAUACACAAAUGUACACACACAAUAUGUAUGUAUACACAAAUACACUCACACACAAGUAC